AUGAAAAAAUAAUUUUAUUUAUUAAUUUUGUAAUUGAUAGUAUUUUCAUUUGCAUAUGAUGUAGAAGAUUUAAGAGGUAAAUGCUUUUAAAUAGAAAGGUCAGUAUGCUUGGGAGACUUGAAAAAUGAAUUAGGCUUAGAGAGCAGUGAAAUAAAUUUAAUAGGAGAAUAUAAAUUCGAUGAUUCAUAUGGAAUUGAUACUUCUCAAAUGAAGAAUGAUAUUAUAAAUGUGCCAAAAGUAGGACCUUAAUAAGGAGGUUAAGGCUAUUCCGCAUUUUUUGAUUAAACUGGAAAUACGACAACUACAAUCAAACACAUUCCUUAGUAUAAUACAGAGGAUUUCAGUUUAAGCUUUUGGAUUUUUUUGAUUUAAGAUAACAACACAGGUGGUUGGAAGACUAUUCUUCACAAAGGAUCUACCUCAUAAGAAUUAACACCUUCUAUUAUUUUGUGGCCUAAUUCACGUAGAUUUCAUAUAAGAGUUAGUACAGAUAAUAACUGGAAUGAAGAUUUUGAUUCAAAUGGGCUUCUUCCUAUCAGGAGGUGGACUUAAAUAACAUUAACAAUGUCAACUCAAUUAGUUUAGUUCUAUAUUAAUGGAAUUCUAGAUAAUUAGUUGAUUUUAAAAGGAUAAUUAAGACAUAAUGAUGGUGAUUUCCAUAUUGGAAGAGAUGGAUGGCAUUCUGGACCCAUAUUUUAUUUAGAUGACUUAAAAUUUUAUAAAACCAUUUUAAAAAAAUCAGAAAUAGAAUCACUAACUUACCAGCCAUUUUCUUUUAUUUCUGGUGAUUCUUAUGCAAAGUUAGGCUGUCUAUCUUGUACUUAUUAAGAAGCUCUAAAUUCAUGCAAAGAUGACUAUCAUUUAUGUACAUUUAGUGAAAUUUAUGCAGGAGCUUACUAAGUUGCUAGAAUUUAAGGGUGGUUUAGAGCCAGCAUGUAUUUUUGGACUAGAGUAGACCUUAAUUCCGGCUAAAUGUUAGAUGAAAUGAAAGACCCAAAUGUAAAUAAACUAGGAAUUUGUUGUAUUAAUAAGGGAUUUUGA